UUGUCAAUCCGAUAGUGACCAAUACACGGAACUAUUUACUUUGUUUCAGUCAAGAGUACGGGGCGUUUGACUCGUUUAGGACACGUAGUGUAUGUGAUGUGCUGUGAGGGCCACGUGUAACGUGAAAAAAAAAUUCGCAAUCGCCAAGAGACACUAUUCGACGCGGCUUGCUCGCGUCUUCAGGUUGCAACCACGGCGUCUCCAGUAGCAAUGACGCAACACCACAGCGACGCGUCCAGCGAUCGGUCCGAAGUAUCAGUAACUCCACCACCCCCAGUUUCCAAAAUGUUAGAAUUCGCCAGUCACCAAAAUCUUAGUUUUCUUAACCUGGAGCACCGAAACAUGUUGGCGGCUCCUUUGGCAGCUCUUCAUUCGAUGACGGAAAUGAAACAUCACCAAACUCAUCUCAAUUCGGAGCACAUGCAUGUCCAAGAGAAGAACGAUACCGACGUCUUGCUAGAACGUACAAGUUUACACGUAGAACGGUCAGGCUUGACGUCGAGGAGUCCAUUAGGGGCCACCAGUAAUAGUAAUAGCUCGCAGGGUGCUAAUCCUCAUGGUAUAGACCAUAUUUUAUCCAGGCCUACUCAGAUCACAACUGGUCCGCUACAUUUCUCGCACAAUCUCGGUUUUACGCAAAAUUCUUUGGGUAUGGCAUCUAACAGCGCUCAAAGUGCUUCAAAUUCUGGACUGCGAGGAUUUAACAUUGCCGCCGCUGCCUUUUUCCACCAUCAUGCCGCCAAUUCUGUCAAUAAACCUCCUGUGGAACUUGGAAGAGGUACUGGUGGCCUCUACUGGCCUGGCAUACAAGGACUCAACCCCAUCAGUUGGAGGGAUCGCCUCAGUAGCAAUAAUCAGACAGUCUAUUAUUUGAAUCAAAAUAAUAUGGGUGGUAUGGGUGGAGACAAAGACGCAAAAAAGAAACACACGAGGCCUACAUUUUCCGGUCAACAGAUAUUUGCGUUAGAAAAAACAUUUGAACAAACCAAAUAUUUAGCCGGCCCUGAACGGGCGAAAUUAGCAUAUGCCUUAGGAAUGACUGAAUCUCAAGUUAAGGUUUGGUUCCAGAAUAGGAGAACAAAAUGGCGGAAAAAGCACGCAGCAGAAAUGGCGACGGCCAAGAGGAAACAGGAAGUAUUAGACAACCAAACGGACGAAAAUAGCGACAUAAUAUCAGAUAAUGAGGAUGAACAUGUAUCAAAACGGCAGAAUUUGCAAUGAGACUUCAAUAAAAUAAAUGUGAAGUUGAGACUCG